GUAGCGUUUAAAAUAUCCGGACUAACGUAACGCAUUCGAAACUUUACGCUACCAUCUUCUAACUCCGAUUAUCAGUUUGCCUUAAUCUCAUGUUUGUAUCAUUCCCGAUUGUUCUCCGACCCUUUCUCAAUGAAAUAUCUGGAAAAUAAUGCAAAAUAAGAUAAAAUUUGCCUUUAAUUUCAUUCACAGCUUUAAAAGGGCAGCAGAAAAACGUUUAAAGCCUCAUUUCGAUCAGCGUAAUUUCGCCAAUGUUCUUGGCAUAGAAACGAGUUGUGAUGAUACAGGUGCAGCUGUUAUAGAAACAUCAGGAAAACUGCUUGGGGAUUGUCUGUCUUCACAAUCAAAAAUUAGUGUUAUGUAACGAAAAUAGUCACUGAUCUUUAAACAUUUUUUUAAGGUUAGGUGGUGUACUACCACCUAUUGCAGCUGAACUUCACAAGGAAAAUAUCGAGUCAGUUGUAAAUACUGCUAUAGCCAAGUCUAAUAUUGGAUUUCAGGUACUUUUGUUCAUAAUUUUACUGUAAGUAAUUGAUCUUUUUGUUAGGAUUUAAAUUAUGUUGCUGUCACAGUAAAACCAGGUAUGCCAUUAUCUCUAAAGGUUGGAGUUAGUUUUGCUAAAUCUUUAGCGAAUCAAUUGAAGAUUCCUAUCAUACCGAUUGAUCACAUGGAGGCUCAUGCACUGACAGCUUUGUUUACAGAUUCUCAGUUAAAAUUUCCCUAUGUAAUCCUUUUAAUAAGUGGUGGUCAUGGCAUUUUGGGCAUUGUUCAAGGUUUGGAAGAUUAUGUUUUACUAGGUACAGCGUUAGAUGCCUCUCCAGGUGAUAUACUUGAUAAACUUUCUAGGCGUCUAAGAUUAAAUCGUUUGUCAGAUGAACGUUUAAAAGGUGUCGCGGGUGGUAAAGCGAUCGAAAUAGUUUCACAAGCGUAUAAUGGUAAUCAUAAACGCUUCGACCUACCUUUGCCACGUUCACAAUCUAAAGACUGUGAUUUCUCAUUUACUGGAAUCCAUGUAGCCGCAGAACAAUUGAUCAGUAAAUUAGAAUCCACAAGUCGCGAUAGUGGAUGCAGUUUAUCAAUUCAAGACAUUGCUGAUAUUUGUGCAUCUGUGCAGUUCUGUAUGACACGAUUAAUCUGUCGGCGUGUACAACGCGCCAUUGAAUAUUGUUUAUUGAACAAUGAUUGUAGAUCCAGUGUAAUUAGAGAUUAUCCUACAGCUUUGGUUGUUUCUGGUGGAGUUGGCUCCAAUCAUGUUAUUCGUGCCGGUCUAAUGGAAGUAGCUAAUCAUUAUAAAUUGAAAUUUGUUGCUCCUCCACCAAAUCUAUGUACUGAUAAUGGAAUUAUGAUCGCAUGGAAUGGAUAUUUACUUCAAAAAGAAAAGUCUUCUCGUAUCAUAAACGAUGUCUCUUCUGUGGAUUUCUGUCCAAGAUCUAGAUUUGGUGUUGAUUGUCGAGAUGAACUAAAACAAGCCAGCAUUUCCAUUGAACCAAUUAAAUUACCAGAUACAAUUUUUCAAUCAUCAAAUACCUGAUUUCUUAUUUAAACGUAGAAAUAUGUGUUUUGAUGAAUAAUAAUAUGUAUAUAAAAUCAAAAGUAAUUGAAAACAUUUUAUUAUGUAAUAUUGACUAAAUACAAUGAAAUUUAUUCAAAGAACUUUUGUUUAAAUUCAACCGAAUAGGUUUCACAGUAGUUACAACGUACAUCAAUAGAUAAUCAGUUGAACUGAACUCUCCACAUACAGCACUUUUGAUGUUUCUGUCAGUAUUGCAUAAGCGAAUUCAAUAAAAAAAAGUACAUUUUCUGGUCGUAUAUCGUGACUGUAAAUGGAUUUAAUUGUCUUCAACUGGAUGACGAUAUCAAAACAAGUCUAAUGGACUGUUCCUAAGUGUAAAAUGUUUUAGUUUUACGAUGUAACGUGUAGCUCGAUUGUUUCACCGAAUACGUGACGUAUAAAUCUCAGGAGAGUAUGCAAGUCCUGACUAAAUCAAUUUUAUUUCUUCCUUAUUGCUCAAUCAAAACCUGGCGGUAAAUACUGAAACAAAUCAUUACGUCCAAACCACUGACUGAUCUCUGUCUGAUGUUCAGAGAAAUUACUUCAUUUGUGAUGCCUCCAAAUUCACUAACAACAAUUAGGACAGCGCUUGUCAUUGAAGG